UUAAUCUUGGACAGUGCUACCUGAUCCACGAUAACUCAUGGCCCAAUUGCACAGGGGUUAAGUUAGGUUACCUCGUCUGCUGCCCUCCCAACGCCGAACGAGGAAAGGGCGAAAGGCUGAAGAAAUCUCCACACCAUGUUCAAGAAAUUCUCUUCUGAAGAUAUAUCUGGACAAAAUCAAGUUAAGGCUUCUGUACAGCGAAGGAUUCGACAAAGUAUUGCUGAUGAGUAUCCUGCCCUUGAACCUUUGCUUGAUGACAUGCUUCCAAAGAAGUCGCCUAUGAUUGUUGUUAAAUGCCAAAAUCAUCUGAAUCUUGUGGUGGUGAAUAAUGUCCCACUGUUUUUCAACAUCCGUGAUGGACCUUACAUGCCAACCCUGCGCCUUCUUCAUCAGUAUCCUGAUAUCAUGAAGAAAUUCCAAGUGGAUAGAGGUGCUAUCAAGUUUGUUCUCUCUGGUGCAAACAUAAUGUGCCCUGGACUGACAUCACCUGGCGGGGUCUUGGACAAGGAAGUCGAGGAGGAAACACCAGUGGCUAUAAUGGCUGAAGGCAAACAACAUGCACUGGCAAUUGGAUUUACAAAGAUGUCAGCGAAAGACAUAAGCACCAUCAACAAAGGAAUUGGAGUUGACAACAUGCACUAUCUGAAUGAUGGACUGUGGAAGAUGGAACAUCUCGAAUAGGUGGAAUCCACCAGGGAAGCAGAAUAUGUGGCACAGUUGUAUGGAAAUGUAACUAGGCGCGUCAUGUGUCGUUUAAACAGAUAAUUAGCCAACAGCUGCAUUCACAGGAGAGAAGUCUGGGUUUAGGCGAAACAUGAGUUAUAGAAUAUUGUGCUGAGCGCUCUAGUUGGUACUAUGCUGCUGCUGAGAUCCUUGUACAACACUGGCACUGUGUCACUGAUCACUUGCACUUUUACCCAUGACAGUUAAGAAGAAAACUCUGCUUCUGUUUUUGUGAGGCUGUAAAAACAGAAAUGGGCUUUAUUGAUGUUUAUCUACAAUGUUAUCUAUGGGAUUGUGGCAA